AUGUGCUUGUCUACUAGGUGUGGGUGUCUGGUCGAUUAUCGCUUUAUCGCUACUUGGGGUCAACGAGGCUCGAAACGUAGAAAGCGCGCCAACUGUGACGUGAUUACGGCUCUGCAGACAUCGGGAAUCAACCAGACGCCCUUUGCCGUGCAAUGCCUCGUCCUAGAAGGCCUGGUGCGCCAGAACCGAAACGUCGAAGCCGCAAAGGAUGUUGGUGAGCCUUGCAAAGCACGGAAAGUGAAAUGUGGUGAGGAAAAGCCUGCUUGUCUGAAUUGUCAAAGGCAGGGUGAACCUUGUGACUAUAGUGUCCGGUUGAAUUGGGGAGGAAGGGCGAAACGUAUGUCAGUCGACUCACCAAAUUCUCAAUCCAGUAGCUAUGGGGGCGCCGUCAUUGGGUUCUCAGAUUCCUUUUCCGUCAACACUAUGAGCCCAAUAUCGUUUCCCACCCCGACAAGCAACCCCGCAGAUGCGGCUGCCGAUACCAUCCCAGGGGACCUGGCUUCCCCACAAGCAAUAUCGCCCAGUACACCAGCGCCCGCCGGCCUCUUUGACUCUCCCAGACCUGGAUCUGAUGGAGUGACUUCGCCAAGUCAACGAGACACUCGGUUUGCCACAAGCUGGGAGGAGCAAUCUCCACCGUUGACGACCUCAGCCUCUGGGCCUAUGGCACAAUACCAGUUUGGACAACAGAGUUUUGAUAGCACCUCUUUCCCCCCUUCCACUGCUCAGGGAUCUGGCCUCGGGUCACUUUCUGCUUUUGCGUUCCACACAAACACGAUGUCACAGCCAGUCUCCUUCAUACGUCACUCUGUCGAUGGGUCCGACCACCAGCCAGAUUCGUCCAGUUUCCACGCUCAAGAUGAAGGCCAACUUGUCCACGAACCACACGAAGAUCAUGGGAUGCAUCUUGCAGUAAGACCGAUAUCAGAGAACGGCGGUAUUUCUCACAGUCCCCAAGAGGCCGGCGCCCUACAUACGUUGCUUUUCGAUCCACACAAAGUGUCACUUGCGGGAAGUAAUGCAGCGUCAUCUCCCAGACUAGGUGGGACCCCCACAACCAUGGGAUCUGCACACGACUAUCAGAAUGAAAUGCUCCGCGAUCAUCGAAUAUUGACCGACAGCAUGCCGAACAGCACGGGAGAAGAUGAUCAAGAAUCUCAUGAGUCUUCACUCGCCCAGAACAAAUGGCAAACAUACUUAAACAGCGUGACCGACAAUUAUGGACUAGACUCUGGGCGCCCGGACCAGGACCUGACAUUCAACAACGACCACGCAGCCAUAGACAUCAACUAUGCGUUGGAUUUGAUCAGCUCUCGGUGGCACAACCAGGAAGCAUCACAGUCGACCACCUCUCAACCAGUUCCGGAAGUGCAGGCCCAGUUCUGCAGUGGCUAUUAUUCUUCCCCGGUACCCAUCAAUAUUCCAAGGUAUCUAUCUCCUCUUCCAUCUUCGCUGCUGGAGAACCCCAUCAACCUGAUGUAUUUCCAUCAUUUCCUCAAUCACACUGCCCGCAUGCUUGUUCCCCAUAACUGUGACAACAACCCCUUCAUUUCGGUCUUGCCCUCAAUGGCAAUUGGCGAUUCGAACCUUCUCAAUUUGCUGCUUGCGUACUCUGCUAGUCAUCGUGCUCGGUAUUUGGGACACCCUGAGCCAGCUAAUCGGAUUGCCCACUGGGUCAGUCGAGUUUUCCCGACGUUGCGAGUGGCAUUGGAGUCAUCGCACGACGACAUCACUGACAGCCAUUUGGCCACUGCCAUCAUGCUGCUAUCACUAAAGAUCGUUUCCCCUGGGACCUUCGAGGCGCCGAUCACCUGGAAGAGCCACCUCAAGCUUGCUCGUGACCUUUUCAUCGCACGAAGCGAGGACAUGGCACAGCCAGGGAACAGAAUCGGCGCGUUUUUCUCCCGCUGGUUAGGUUAUCUGGACACCAUGGGAUCCCUGUCAUGUCGCCAAGCGGGUCCUCCUCUAGCGAUAUAUCAUUCCAUCUUGACGGCCUGUUCGUCGUCUGAUGACCAUGAUGAGUUCGCAGUUGACUGCUUCACUGGAUUUACGCCAAGAACCGGAGUAUUCUUGAUUCGUCUUGCUCGGCUGGUGCAGGAAUGCGAUAAUCAACGAUUUGACGAGAUGGGUAAUUUUAGGCAUGACUGGCAUGCAUCUGCAGAUAUGGUCCUGGAGGCCCAAUCGGUACUUGGUGAGAUUGAUGGGAUCAGCGAACGCGCUCAUGCCAAUCCAGAGCAUCACCAGGGUGUUGAGUCCUCGGACAUGAUCGCUAUCGAGGAGGCAUUCCGCUUCGCUGGUCUCCUGCAUCUCCAUCGACGGGUGCUAGGCUCUUCGCCCAAUUCCUUCCCGGUGAAGGAAGUAUUGCGCAAGCUAGUUGAUGCUCUUGGGCGAAUGCGCCCCGGCGCAGCCACUGAGGUCUGUUCUCUGUUUCCCUUGUUCACGGCCGGUUGUGAGUCGAGGGAUGCGGGCCAGAGGUCAAAGCUUUUGGACCGAUUCUUCAUACUAGAGAGCUCGGGUAUGAAACAGAUUCAAAAUGCCCGCCAGCUCAUGCAGCAUUGCUGGGAGAGGAAAAUGCCCUGGAUUGCAUUGGCCGGGGGACAGUUUUUGGGGUAG